UGAUUGAACAACUGCACACCAAAAUUUCCCUAGAGGCAAACCACCAAAAUCUUGAAUAGCCUUGACCUGGCGCGAAUCCACCAACCAACAUCACGUCUUUUUUUUUUAGGCUCCGCUGGAUCAUUAGCGAUAAGCACGAGCUCGUCGCUGCUGUACCCCCGAAGAUCUUUUAAACCGUAUUCUAGACCGUAACAUUACUAGAGACCACCACUACCAAUAAGCAAAGGUUGAUUACCCCGCCAUCGUAAUGUCGAGCGGCGACAAGUUUGGCAACGAUAUCGAGUCCGAGUCGGACUCGGGUCCCGACUCUCCCGGCUUGGACCCCCAGGACCACUCCGAUGGCGAGAUUGAUGAGAAGCCGCUCAAGUCGGCCCUGAAGAAGACAGUAGUGGCCCCGCCUCCGAUCCAGCGACCUGAGCUGCCACCGCAAACAGACCCCAAGGAUCUCGACGUCAGCAAACUGAACCCUCUGACGCCAGAGAUCAUCGCCAGGCAAGCCACCAUCAACAUUGGAACGAUCGGUCACGUCGCUCACGGCAAAUCGACCGUUGUCAAGGCCAUCUCUGGCGUACAGACCGUUCGUUUCAAGAACGAGCUGAUCCGCAACAUUACCAUCAAGCUUGGUUACGCCAACGCCAAAAUCUACAGGUGCAACAACCCCAAGUGCCCUCGCCCUACCGCAUUCCGCAGCUACAAGAGUGACAAGGAGGUCGACCCACCUUGUGAGAGGGAAGGAUGCGAGGGUAAAUAUGAGCUUCUUCGCCAUGUCUCCUUUGUCGAUUGCCCUGGCCACGACAUUCUGAUGAGCACCAUGUUGUCAGGAGCUGCGGUCAUGGACGCCGCGCUUUUGCUGAUUGCUGGAAACGAGUCCUGCCCUCAGCCGCAAACUUCCGAGCAUCUUGCUGCUAUUGAAAUCAUGAAACUCGAGAAUAUCAUCAUUUUGCAGAACAAGGUCGACUUGAUGAGGGAGGAGGCUGCUCAACAGCACUACCAGUCCAUCCUGAAGUUUAUCAGGGGAACUGUGGCUGGAAAGAGCCCCAUCAUCCCCAUCUCUGCGCAGCUCAAGUUCAACGUGGACGCCGUGGUUGAGGCCAUCGUCAACACCGUUCCCGUGCCUCCCAGGGACUUCUCUGUUGACCCUCAGAUGAUUGUUAUCCGGUCUUUCGACGUCAACAAGCCCGGUGCUGAGAUUGACGACCUGAAGGGUGGAGUUGCCGGAGGCAGUAUCUUGCACGGUAUAUUGAAGCUUGGUGACGAGAUUGAGAUCAGGCCAGGCAUCGUUACUCGAGACGAUAAGGGAGAUCUCCAGUGCACGCCAAUUUUCAGCAGAAUAGUGUCCUUGAACUCGGAAGCCAACGAGCUCAAGUACGCCGUGCCCGGCGGUCUGAUUGGUGUCGGUACACGCAUCGAUCCCACACUAUGCAGAGCUGACCGUCUCGUUGGUCACGUUCUUGGUCUCAAGGGCCGCCUGCCAGACAUCUACAGCGAGAUUGAGGUCAACUUCUACCUGCUCCGUCGUUUGUUGGGUGUGAGGACUGCCGAUGGCAAGCAGGCCAAGGUUGAGAAGCUCCAGAAGAACGAGGUUAUCAUGGUCAACAUUGGCUCAACAUCAACUGGUGCCAAGGUGUCGGCUAUUAAGAAGGAUGCUGCAAAGCUCAUUCUUACCAGCCCAGCGUGCACGAAUAUUGGAGAGAAGGUUGCGCUCAGUCGUCGUAUCGAGAAGCAUUGGCGUCUUAUCGGCUGGGCAACUAUAGCUGCAGGCAAAACUCUUGAGCCGACCACUUCAUAAGGGCUUUGGUGAUAUUGAGUUUUGUGGCCUGAAGCAAUAGGUCCGGAUGUUAACAAAAUAGAGACGACGGCUUAGACAAAUGCCAGUGAUUUGAGUAAGCCUAUUGAUGAAAUCUGAUGAUUUAGAUCACGUUGCUUGGA